AUGGCGCUUCAAGUAAACUCAGAUCUUACCCGGGUUCUAGUAGCGCAAUACCUUGCAAAAAAGGGAUUGAACGAGACUUUGCAAGCGUUUCUGACAGAGACGGGACUCCCCAGAUCGGUGCUUGAGACGGACAACGAGUGCGAAAAAUUGGAGGACAUUGUACUUGAAAGGAUUGUGUUUAAUGAAGCGCAAGUAAGCGAAAAGCUCAAGGGUCUGGCGAUAAACAACAAAAUGGAACCGUUAGCAGACGGAUUUCAGUUUCGAGCAUGGGACAGGAAACAGAAAUUCAAAAGCAUCCGCGUGGAUAAAGCACCUCAAUCACUAGUUUUGGACAUUCGUAUUGUGCUCAAUGGUUGUGUCUUAGUGUCUGCAGUGGAAAGGCGGAUUUACCUGUACACAAGCGACGGCAAACUGAGGCGAAAAUCGGAGCCAUUGGCUGCAGUUGCCAAGAUAUGCGGUGUGCUGCCUUUGCAUAGAUCCCAAGUGUUGUUCUAUGCAUGCACAGUCGACGGGUUUCUCCAGAUUUUCGACUCGGAGCUUGGUUUGGUAAGCAGGCAUAAAAUACACAAUCGAAUUGUCACUCACAUAGAGUUUCUCAAGCAGACUGACACGCAACUGACAUGCUUGAGCUGCGGUACCGAUAACCUCGUCAAGACACAUUUGCUGAAUGUCGAAGGAAAGAUUUUGGAAACCAAAAGCUCUGUGACGUUGUUGACCAAUUGCAGCUCUUUCCAAGUCGCAUUGACGAAGACAAACGUACCGUUCCUAUUUAUAACAAGAGUGGACUUUACCCAAGUUUCAGUUCUUCGAUGCAAGCCAGAUUUACGCUUGGUAGAAGUUGCUAGAAUAGCGCUGAAUACGGCUCAAUUUAGUGCACACUCAUUUGAAGUCAGAUCAGCCAUAGUGCUUAACGCGCUGCCGGAGAAGCGCGACUCAGAAAACCCCCAUGUCCCAAUACUAUCGGACAACUCGUUUUUCGCAGCUGCAUCCUCUCAUACGCCCUAUAUGCGACUAAUUGUUGCACGAGUUCCACCGGAGCUGUGCAAUUAUCAAAUAAAUGUAGGCCCUAAGCCUUUCUACGACAUGGUGAUCAGAAACUAUGCCACUGGAAUAGGGCAAAAUUCAUUUUCUCAGCCAAUUUUGAAGGCUUUACCAGACGGGAGUGGACUACUGGUUGGCGGCGAUGACGGUAUAUGGGCUGCCGAUCUGUCGAGCGGCGAUACCUGGCUCCAAUUCCCACUGACUGGCAGAGUGAAAGGUCUUGAUAUAAACCUCGAAAAAAUUGCUUGCUCUCUUUCAAAUAAAGACCUGUGUCUUUGGAAUUUCAAAUAG